CUUAAGCUGGCCUCGCAUCUUUUAUGAGAGCUCUCCCUGCUUGUCCCUUGAAAAAUUUGCGAUUUUUCUCGGAAUAUGCUACCUCCCUUCGAUACUCUCUGUGGUGUUGAGUCAAUCCUGUGACCCUAUUCUAUACAAUGCCACUCUCGUCCCUUCUCCGCACUGCUUCCCGUCUGAGGCCGACGGCCGCUCACAAAGCGAGAAGAGCUGCAUCUACGGUGUCUUCCAGUACACCACAAAAACAAAACACACUCGAUUCAAUACUCAUCGCAAACCGAGGAGAAAUUGCUUUACGAGUCGGACGUACUGCCGCUCAACAUGGUAUCCGCGUAACUACAUUAUACACAGACCCCGAUAGCCAAUCUCAGCAUGCAUUGAGUUCCCCGUUUGCGUUCAAUUUGGGAUCCGUCUCAGCUUAUCUCGAUGGAGACCGUAUCAUUGAUAUUGCAAAGCGGGAGGGCUGCCAAGGGAUACAUCCAGGUUAUGGUUUUCUGAGUGAGAACUCGGAGUUUGCACGUAAAUGCACGGAAGCUGGGCUGGUCUUCAUUGGCCCUCCGUGGAAGGCUAUUGAAGACAUGGGGGAUAAGAGUCAGUCAAAAAAGAUCAUGACGGCGGCGGGAGUUCCUUGCGUCCCUGGUUAUCACGGUCAGAAUCAAGAUCCUAGCUUCCUCGAGGCCGAAGCGGAUAAGAUCAAAUAUCCUGUACUUAUUAAAGCAAUCAAAGGAGGCGGCGGAAAGGGAAUGCGUAUAGCUCACUCAAAGUCUGAAUUCCAGGCCCAGCUACAAUCCGCCAAAUCGGAAGCUAUGAACUCAUUUGGAGAUGAUCAUGUGUUGGUGGAGAAGUACAUCACCACUCCACGGCACAUUGAAGUCCAGGUGUUUGCGGACAAGCAUGGAAAUUCCGUCGCUCUGGGAGAAAGAGACUGCAGUAUACAAAGACGGCACCAGAAAAUUCUUGAGGAGUCUCCGGCUCCUCACCUGCCUGACGCGACGAGGAAAGAUCUCUGGGCAAAGGCACGAGCUGCUGCUGAGGCCGUGGGCUAUGAAGGUGCCGGCACCGUUGAAUUUAUCUUUGACAACGAUACCGGGGAGUUCUUCUUCAUGGAGAUGAACACCAGACUUCAAGUUGAGCACCCAGUGACUGAGAUGGUCACUGGCCAGGACCUGGUUUACUGGCAGCUCAAGGUGGCCGAAGGCGCUAAACUUCCGUUGACCCAGGAGGAGGUGGAAGCCUAUAUGGCGAGCCGUGGGCAUGCCAUUGAAGCUAGAAUCUAUGCGGAAAACCCCGAUCAGGGAUUUAUCCCUGAUUCUGGAACCCUGCUGCACGUACGCACUCCGAACCCCACAGAGGAUAUCCGAAUUGAUGCAGGCUUUGUCGCCGGCGAUGAAGUCUCGGCUCACUACGAUCCGAUGAUCGCCAAACUGAUCGUGAGAGGCAACACACGACAGGAGGCUCUCCGCAAACUCGCAUCUGCAUUAGAAGAAUACGAGGUCGCAGGGCCAAUUACAAACAUCGAGUUCCUGAAGACUAUCUGCAAGAGUCCAGAUUUUAUCGCCGGAGAAGUGGAAACAGGAUAUAUAGAGAAACAUCGCGAAGAACUGUUCACCAAAGAGGCUAUUGAACCGGAAGUUCUCGCACAAGCGGCGUUAGCUUGUCUACACUCUGACUCUGUACCAGUGGCUCGAAAGCAGGCAAAUUUCGAGGGCUCUACUGUAGGAUUCAGUCCAAGCUAUCAGCUGCGGCAGAUAACUUUUGCGGAUCUGACGCCCGGAGCCAAGGACGGUGCCAAGUUUGAAGUUCGUGUCCAACAAACGGGCGACAACACUUUCAAUGUAGACGUCGGCGGGCAAUCCUUCGAGCAGGUGGUCAGCCACAACAAGCCCGGUUCGCCCGUCGUUACCUCUUUCUUUCCCCACACGCGCCUGGACACCACCGUAAUCCGCGAUGGAGACUCAGUGAUCGCGUUCCAGAAAGGGACACAGUAUCGCUUGUCGAUACCCCGGGCCAAGUGGAUGGACAAAGCACUGGGUACGAAGGACGUCACCAACAGCGUCCUGGCGCCAAUGCCGUGCAAAGUGUUGCGCGUGGAAGUUCAGGCGGGCGAUGUGGUGGAAAAGGAUCAACCCUUGGUGGUCAUUGAGAGUAUGAAAAUGGAAACGGUCAUCCGCAGCCCACAAAAGGGAACCAUUUCCAAAGUGGUACAUCAAAAAGGAGACCAAUGUAAGAGUGGCACACCUCUGGUCGAAUUUGCUGAGGAGGGCGGUGAGAAUUAGAGAGAGGAAAAAUACGAAAGGUAAGGACAUUAGAGACAGUAUGUAUGUAUGCACGUAUUUAUUUAUGUAUGUUCUCAAGAAGGAGGAGAGAGUUAAAGCGGUCGGUAUUCCGGGUUAUGGUACAAUUUUGUUUAGGUAGAUGGAUACAGGUGGAUAUCACGCCAAAUGUUAAAAACAGUUUAUGGACUCCGAGGC